AUGAAAAAUAUGAAAAACUUUACAAACAACAAUAUGUUACACGAAUACAUUAAAUUUAAUUGUAUAUGUAAAUAUAAGCUUUAUAAAAAAUUUUUUAAUAACCACUGUAUUAGAAAUUUUAAAAUUAGUAAAAAAAAAUAUAAAUGUAAGUACAGCUUUAAUUUGCUAAAUUCUUGCUAUUCUUAUUCUUAUGCUUAUUUAGCGAGAUAUGUUUAUAGAAACUUAUAUAAAAUAAAAUAUGUUAACGAAAAUUAUAUAAAAGUUAACAACAACAUUAAUAGUGUUAUACUAUAUUUUAACAAAAUUUUUAUAAAGAAAAAGCAGAAAAAAAGUAUGAAAUACGAUAUUAUAAUGGGUAGCGGUUCUAGUAAAUCAUGGGUAGGUGUAGGAUACGAUAAAAAUUCAAUUUACAAGAACGCUUGUAGUUCUGCUUCUUUACAGUCUAAAAAAUAUAUUUAUAAUUUAAAGUUAAAUCCUAAUGAUUACAAAGUAUUUAAAUAUAAAAAUUAUAAAUUUUCUAUUUUGGAUAAAUCACCUAAUAAGCGUAAUUUCGAUGUUUACAAUAGUCUAACUACAUUGAGUGGUAUAAAAAAAUUAAAAUUAGUUUCGUAUACUAAAACUUCUACGAAAACACUACUUAAAAGUAUAUUGUAUUAUUUUAAUUAA